AUGGCCUUUCAAGCUGAUCCUGAGCGCGAGAGCAUGUUCAACACCCACCUCCAUCGACGUAAUUUAUCUUCUCGGCUUCCUUGGAUUCUCUGUGAGCGCAUCACGCCGAAAAUGACCAAUCAUCGAGCGUCAAGACCGAAUAUUCUGAGGCGACAGUCGUCCACCUGGCCCACGUCUACUUCGAGCCAUCCGAACCUCGACAGGUUUGCCCAGUUCGCCGUCAUCGAGGGUUUUGGGUUCAUGGCCGAGCCUCUUGAGCUGUCGACCGGCACGUCCGUGGCAGCCAGAUCUUCAACCAUUGGCAGGACACCCAACAGCUUCUAG